AUGCCCAAAGUCGACAAGGACUUCGACGCGCCCUACUACGAACCCACCGUCUUCUUCUGCCUGUCAAAGGAAAAUCCAUUGAGGAGAGGGUGCAUCAAGUUCAUGGAGUGGGUGUGGUUCGACAGGUUUAUUCUGCUCACAAUCCUUGCGAACGCCAUCGUGCUUUGCAUGAUGGAGCCGAAAAAGAUCGAGGGCAGGGGUUGCGGCGACUUCAAGGCCACCAGCACGACUGGUGGAAACAGCGUCAUCGAGGGGUCUGAGCUGGUUUUCACGACGAUAUUCACGCUCGAGAUGCUGACGAAGGUUGUUGCGAUGGGUUUCCUUGUCAACAAGGGAUCGUACCUGAGGGACGGUUGGAACGUGAUGGAUUUCAUCGUGGUGGUGAUAUCCCUGGUGUCGUUGCUGCCCGGGACUGGGUCCAAUGCGAGCGCGCUGAGGGUGAUUCGCGUGCUUCGGCCGCUGAGGACCCUCUCGGUGCUUCCAGGGAUGCGAACGCUCAUCGGCACAAUCAUUCGAUCCGUGCCCAUGAUCGGCAACGUGGUGCUAUUUUGCAUCUUCUUCUUCACCAUCUUUGGCAUCUUCGGCCUCAACAUCUUCAUGGGCAUCCUGAGGAACAGGUGCUUCACAGAGGUGGCUGGUAAAACUUGCGCGGAUCUGACUGCCUCGAUUGACGGUGAGUAUGCGCUGAUGUGCCGGGAUGCAGUGAGCCCGACGAGCGGAAAUAACCCCAACUACGGCAUUACCCACUUUGACAAUAUUGGGUACGCCUGGCUGGCGAUCUUCCAGUGCAUCACGCUUGAGGGGUGGACGCCAAUCAUGUACAUGACUAUGGACGCCAGCACCGGAUGGAGCGUGGUUUACUUCAUCCUCCUGGUGUUCACCGGAGGUUUCUUCCUCCUGAACUUGGCGCUUGCGGUCAUCACCGAGGUGUACGACGAGGAAAGCACCGAGGCGAGGGACGCCAAGGACGAGGAGGAGGACGCGGAGGACGCUGAGGAGGAGCGUAAACGUUUGAUAAAGAAGGCUGCGCGCGACAAGAGGCAUGAACUCGGCCUCUACUCGGAUUCAGAGGAUGACACUGACGACGACGAGGAUGGGUCAAAGCGGCUGAGAAAGGAAGCCAGGCUUGCGCUGCAGGAGGAGGAGCGUCGAAAGGCAGAGAACGCGACGCUUGCGGGUCGAAUCCGGCGAUUCUUCAGGAAGAUAAUCGACUCGUGGUGGUUUAAUCCGCUGUUCGUGGUAUUGAUCCUGAUCAACACCCUCGCGCUGGCGAUGGAGUACGACGGGAUGCCGAAGGACUACGAGGAUACUUUGACUACGAUCAACUUGGUGCUUACGAUUGCGUUCAUGGUGGAGAUGGUUUUCAAGGUGCUUGGACUCGGACCCAAGAAGUACGUCCAGGACAACUUCAACAUCUUCGACGCACUCGUGGUGUUCAUGUCCAUCGUGGAGCUGGCGAUGGCAAACUCUAGUUCGCUGUCGGCGCUCCGGUCGUUCAGGAUUCUUCGGAUUUUGAAGUUGGUGCGUUCGUGGAAGAAGCUGCAAAACUUCCUCUACACCAUCUACCUCACCCUGAUGAGCCUCGGAGAAUUUUCUUUCGUGGUUAUCUUGACUGUGUUCAUCUUCGCGCUACUGGGCAUGCAGAUGUUCGGCGGCAAGAUGUGCGGUUUGGACGACGGCGAGAUCCCCCGGCACAACUUCGACACCCUCCUCUGGGCGCUCGUCACCGUGUUUCAGGUGCUCACCGGUGAGGACUGGAACGCCGUGAUGUACGACGGCAUGAAGGUUGGUGGGUCAGGGACUGCCCUCUACUUCGUGCUGCUGCUGAUCAUUGGGCAGUUCAUGGUGCUGAACCUCUUCGUCGCCAUCUUGCUGACCAACUUUGGCGAGCACGAGUGGCUGAAGCUCGCGACCAAGGUGAAGGCCAAGCUCGAAGAGGAACAACGUCAGAAGGAGGAGGAAGCCGCGGAGCUCGUACGCAGAGAGGAUGCGUUGAGGGAGGCGCGCAAGGAAGCCGAGGAGCUGAAGAAGAAGGACCUCGAGGCAAAAGGAUACGGUCAGGUCCGCGAGGGUUCGUUGAUCUGCGGCUUUUCGUGCUUCAAUUGCGCACCCCAACCGGGCGGCGCACCCAAACCGCUGUGGAAGUUCGAAGGCAGAUCGCUCGGCCUCUUUUCUGUCAACAACUACGUGCGUCGCUGGUGCUUCGGCGUAGUGGACGACAAGAAGUUCGACACGGUCAUAAUGUUUUUCAUCAUCUUGAGCUCAUUGACUAUGGCGUUUGAGAGCCCCAAGGUGCUGGAGAGCUCGACCGCGGACACCCUGGACAUCAUCGACUGGGUAUUCACGAUUAUCUUCGCGCUUGAGAUGGUUAUGAAGUUGAUCGCAUACGGGGCAGUCGGAUCAGACUUGCGCAAGAAAGGGUUGUUCUGCGACGACGGCGCGUACUUCCGAGACCCGUGGAACUGCAUGGAUGGCUUCAUCGUGGGCAUCUCGAUCAUUGCCAAGGCUCUUUCGAGUGGUGGUCUGGAAUGGGUCAGGGCGCUGCGCACGAUGAGGGUGCUCAGGCCGCUGCGCGUCAUCUCCAGGGUGCCCGAGCUCAAGGUCGUGGUCAACGCACUCUUCCGCUCUUUACCGGGCCUCGGGAACGUCUUCUUGGUAUCCUUGCUGUUCUGGCUCAUCUUUGGCAUCCUCGGCAUGCAGCUCUUCAUGGGCUCAUUCGCGAACUGCAAUGACGGAAGCAUUUCUACGGAGGGUCUUUGCGUCAGUACAUACAACACGAGCGAGUACAGGCUGCGCAGUUGGAGAUCCCAGGACAUGAACUUUGACAACGUGUUCAAUGCCAUGCAGACCCUGUUCGAGAUGUCAACCACGGAGGGAUGGACCGCGGUGAUGUACAUGGGCGUCGAUGCCCGGUCACCCGAUAUGGCUCCCAAGCGGGAUAACAACCCGCCCAUUGCGUUCUUCUUCCUGGCGUUCAUGAUUGUCGCUAACUUCUUCAUUCUCAACCUGUUCAUCGGUAUCAUCUUGGAUAACUUCGCACAGAUCAGCGAGGAAUCCGGUGAUGGCGGCUCGGCAACGAUGACAAAGGAGCAGAAGCUGUGGGUGCAGCGCAAGACUCAGCUGCUGGGCACAAAGGCGAAGAAAGAUUACCCUACCGAUCCCACUCGUAGUGCGGUAUACAAGUUCGUGGAGAAGGAGCCGUUCGAAUACUUCAUCAUGUUCGUCAUCUUACUCAACGCAGUGAUGAUGGCGUGUGAAUAUUACGAUCAGCCGGACUCUUGGACCAACGCGCUCGAGAUCAUGGGUUACAUCUUCGGGGCGAUAUUCAUCGGCGAGGCGGCAUUGAAGCUAUACGCCAUGAACCCUUACGUGUACUUUGCAGACAGGUGGAACUGCUUCGACUUCUUCUGCGUCUUCAUCACCGUCCUUGGCUGGGGCUUGGGUGGCGGCGGCGCAGCUUCGGUGUUGCGUGUGCUUCGUCUGGCAAGGAUCUUCAGGCUCAUUCGUAAACUCAAGGGUUUACGAAUGCUUUUCAACACGCUGUUGAUAUCUGUCCCAGGCCUGAUCAACAUCGGUUCGCUUCUGUUCCUGUUGUGUUUCGUCUUCGCCAUUCUGGGGAUGAACCUGUUUGGCAAGGUGAAAUUUGGGGAGAACCUGAAUGAGCACGCGAACUUCAGGAAUUUUGGCCAGUCGUUGCUCUUACUGCUGCGAAUGGUCACAGGAGAAGCAUGGAACUCGGUCAUGUACGACUGCAUGAUCACCCCUGCGACAAGCGGUUGCGACGAUUCGAGUAAUUGCGCCAUCGGCGAGUGCUGCGGUAGCCAGGGGGCGCCUGCGUACUUCAUCGCGUUUGUCGUGCUCGGCACUUUUGUGACACUCAACCUUUUGAUUGCGGUCGUCGUAGACAACUUUAGCAACCAGAAGAGAGAAGAGGAGGGUGAGGACGUGACGGAUGACAACAUCAAGGAGUUCGAGGUUGCGUGGAGAAGGCUUGAUCCUGAGGUGACUGGCUAUAUCCCGCUAUCUGAGGUGAUCAACCUGAUCAAGGAGACGCCGCCGCCGAUGGGCACGUACGGCACGAACAUCACGAGGAUGGGGAUGAUCCGGUUCAUGAAAAACCUCAACCUUCAGACGGGAGAUUCGGAGUACCUCCAUUACCAGGACGCACUCUCGGCGUUCACGACGAGGGCGAUGGGGAUUCAUGUCAACGACCUCUCCGAAGAGACCAAGGACGAGGUCAAGCAGAGCCUUUCGGCCAAGGGGAAAAUGUCGAUGCAGAGCCUCGGGUCCGCAGAGGCGCUCAGGGAGCAUGUCGAUGGGGCGUCCGAUGGCAGAGGGGUUGCGGUCGUUAACGGGAGAUCACGAUCGAGCCUGAAGCCUGGGUUGUCGAUCGUCAAGGAGAGUCUCUGA